AUGGUUCCUCUGAGAGACAAUAUAAGAAAUUUUUUACCUAAUUUUAUAUGUCGAAGAGAUACGGUGACACCGAAAGUCACACCACCGACAAUUGUCGUUAGAAAUUGGAAAAAAGUUUUAUUAGGUUUUCCAUUUUCACAAAAAUUAUCUCCCGACGAACUCAUAGAGGCAGCUGAAAGUGGAAAUCUAGAAGAUUUCGGUAGAUUAUUUAUGGCGGAUCCGAACAGAUUAGAAAUUCGAGAUUCGAAAGGUAGAGCAGCAGCUCAUCAAGCAGCAGCAAGAAAUAAAGUCAAUAUUUUACAAUUUAUACAUUCGCACGGCGGUGAUCUUAACAUAAGAGAUUAUGCCGGAAAUACACCUUUACACGUGGCCAUUUUAAACGAUUCUUAUAACGUUAUGGAUUUUUUAUUGCAAUGCGGCGUAAACACGAGUAUUUUAAAUGAAAAAAAUCAAGCACCGAUACAUUUGAUAACGGAAUUGAAUAAAGUCAAAGCACUCGAAGUAUUGAGCAAACAUCGUUCGAAAAUAGACAUACAACAGGGUGGAGAACACGGGAGAACGGCAUUGCAUUUAACGGCUAUUUACGAUUACGAAGAAUGUGCCAGAAUACUGAUCACCGAAUUUGGAGCAUGUCCGAGAAAACCAUGUAAUAAUGGAUACUAUCCGAUACACGAAGCAGCUAAAAAUGCAUCGUCGAAAACGAUGGAAGUUUUUUUACAAUGGGGAGAAUCUAGGGGAUGUUCGAGAGAGGAAAUGAUGAGUUUUUACGAUUCCGAAGGAAACGUACCACUUCAUUCGGCCGUACACGGAGGAGAUAUAAGAGCUGUCGAACUCUGUUUGAAAUCCGGUGCUAAAAUAUCCACGCAACAGCAUGAUCUAUCAACGCCCGUUCAUUUGGCUUGUGCUCAGGGUGCCAUAGAAAUCGUUCGUCUCAUGUUUAAAAUGCAACCCCACGAAAAAGAAAUAUGUUUAACUUCUUGCGACGUACAAAAAAUGACACCCUUACAUUGUGCCGCCAUGUUUGAUCAUCCUGAAAUAGUAGAAUAUUUAAUAUCAGAGGGAGCUGAAAUCAAUCCACUGGAUAAAGAAAAUAGAUCACCUUUACUACUUGCCGCUUCUAGAGCCGGAUGGAGAACAGUUUUGACAUUGAUUCGACUCAAAGCAAACAUUCUUCUCAAAGAUUCCAGUUACAGAAAUAUAUUGAGUUUGGUCGUCAUGAACGGUGGAAGAUUAGAAGAUUUCGCACAAGAAGUGUUGAAGGUACAAUCUAAAAAGGAUCUCCUUUUGCUUCUCAAUGAAAAAGAUAUAUCCGGGUGUUCGCCGCUUCAUUACGCGAGUCGAGAAGGCCACAUAAAAUCUCUUGAAAGUUUGAUCAAGUUAGGAGCUUGCAUAAAUUUAAAAAAUAAUAAUAAUGAAAGUCCUUUGCAUUUUGCUGCAAGGUACGGUCGUUACAAUACCGUAAAACAACUUUUGGAUUCUGAAAAGGGAACUUUUAUAAUUAACGAAUGCGACGGUGAAGGUUUGACUCCGUUACACAUCGCUUCAAAAAAUGGACAUUCGAGAGUUGUCCAAUUACUUCUUAAUCGUGGAGCAUUACUCCACAGGGAUCACUACGGAAGAAAUCCUCUUCAUUUGGCUGCCAUGAACGGUUACACGCAAACAAUGGAACUCCUUCAUUCGGUUCAUUCCCACCUAUUGGAUCAAGUGGACAAAGAUGGAAACACGACGUUACAUUUGGCAUCGAUGGAAAACAAACCGAACGCGAUAUCGUUGCUCCUUUCGUUAAAUUGCAAAUUGCUGUAUAAUUAUUUAGAAAUGAGCGCCAUUGAUUAUGCCAUUCAUUAUAAAUUUCAAGAAGCCGCACUCGCGAUGGUGACUCAUCCGACGCGAUCCUGCGAAGUGAUGGCACUAAAAUCGGAUAAGCAUCCGUGCGUGACACUCGCACUCAUAGCAUCCAUGCCGAAAGUAUUUGAAGCCGUACAAAAUGGUUGCAUAACAAAAGCGAAUUGUAAAAAAGAUUCAAAAUCCUUUUACGUUAAAUAUCAUUUUUCCUGCUUGCAGUGUCCGACCAUAUACGCUCAAGUCGAUGAAAAAACAGGAGAAACAUUAACGAUAACAAAUCCAAUACCUUUGCCAGCAUUAAACGCUAUGGUAUCGCACGGUAGGGUCGAAUUAUUGGCACAUCCCCUAAGUCAAAAAUAUUUACAAAUGAAAUGGAAUUCGUAUGGGAAAUAUUUUCACUUGAUUAAUUUAUUAUUUUACACGAUAUUUCUAACCGUCGUAACAACAUUUACGGCACACCUGAUGCAUUCAAACAUAACGACGACCUGCGAAGAAAGUAAUCAAACUGUUGUUUUAUCUGAAAUCUCGCUGAGAUUGGAAUCAUCGUCUAAUUACACGAUAAUAUAUACUACGGCCGUGGCAAUAGCCGUUUACGUAUCCGUUCAAUUAUUUCGCGAAACUAUACAAAUGUAUCAACAAAAAUGGAAUUAUUGCAUGGAUCCGAGUAAUUUCAUAUCGUUGGGAUUGUAUAUUUCUUCGAUAACUAUGAUCGUUCCCAUUUUCAUGGAUAAAUGUACGGAUUUGCAAUUUUCCAGCGCCGCCAUCACAGUUUUUUUAAGUUGGUUUAAUUUAUUAUUAUACCUUCAAAGGUUCGAUCAGGUUGGAAUAUACAUCGUCAUGUUUUUGGAAAUACUGCAAACUCUUAUCAAAGUCCUUUUGGUCUUUUCGAUAUUGAUAAUAGCUUUCGGAUUGGCUUUUUACAUACUCUUAUCGGGGGGAUCUCAUUUGUCGUUCAGCACGGUCCCGAUGUCUCUCAUGAGAACUUUUGCCAUGAUGUUGGGCGAAAUUGAUUUUUUGGGAACGUACGUUCAACCGUUUUUUAGAAAACCCGAAGAUUCGGACGACGUGUCGGAAGAUAAAAUAAAAACCUUACCGUAUCCGUUUCCGGCUUUUUUCAUACUGGGAAUAUUCAUGGUACUCAUGCCGAUUUUACUUAUGAAUUUACUCAUCGGUUUAGCCGUUGGUGAUAUAGAAUCCGUGCGGAGAAACGCUCAACUCAAACGUUUGGCCAUGCAGGUCGUUCUUCACACGGAACUCGAAAGAAAAUUACCCAAAUGUUUAUUGGAUAGAGUUGAUAAAAUGGAAUUGAUUGAAUAUCCGAAUGAGAAAAAAUGUAAAUUGGGAUUCCUGGAUACGCUCCUCGGGAAAUGGUUUUUCAAUCCUUUUUCAGACGAUGUCGGUUGGGAAAUGGUCGUGGACAACACGGAAGAUUAUCUAACGUCGGAAAUGGCAAAACAAAAAAAAAAAUUAAAAGAAAUAUCAUCGUGUCUGGAAACGCAACAACUUUUCCUUCGUCUAAUAAUACAGAAAAUGGAAAUAAAAACGGAAGCGGAUGACGUGGACGAAGGGAUAUCACCGAACGCAUUGAAAAAUCUAUUAAACAGGAGCAGUUCUAGUUACACGUCACCGUACGCAAGGAAAAAAUUACGUUCGUCACUUAGCAUUACGAAAUCAUCGAAUUAUUAG